UGCGGAGAAGGAAAAGGAUAUGGGAAGGGAGAUUGAUGAAUUAAUGAAGGAAAAGAAGCUGAAUGAGAAGAUCCGCGAGGGAUUAAUUGAGGAGAAGAAUCUUGUUGAGAAGAAUAUGAAUGAAACAACAAAUCAAUUAGAUGAGCAUAUUCUGAAAAUUGACGAAUUGGUUAAUGAGAAGAUUAUGUUGGUGAAUGCUAAAGAUAGGCUUGCAAGUGAAGUCGAUUCCCUGCAAAAUGAAAUCGCUAAAUUCCAAGGUUUAGUUUUAGAACUGGAAGUGUCUGGCAGGGAUAAGAUAGAGAAAAUUAAGAACUUAGAAUCUGAAAUAAGUGGUUAUAAAUAUGAGAUUGAGCAGAUAAAAGGUGAGAGGAACAACAUUAGAAAGUAUUUGGAUGAAGAGAAACAGAAUGCUAUAGGAUUGAAGGAGAAGAUUGAAGAAAUGGAGAAAAGAAUCGAAGAAAGUGAGAAUGCCACUGGGGAAGUGAAGGCUGAGAAUCUCACCAUACUCAGAGAAAAGAAAGACUUGGAAAUCCAGUGUGAUGUGUUGAAGAAGUCUAUGGCCUCUCUUGAAAAAUCACUUGGCGAGGCGCAUAAUGGGCUUGACGCCAUGCAGGGUAAAGUGGAAUUUGCGGAUGCCAAUACAAGUCUAGUUAUGAAUAUGUUGAGGGACACAGUAGCCUUUUGUUCAAAGGAAGAAAUGGGGGAUGCUGGGGAUGGAAUUUUACUUGGUGGGAAACAGAUUAAUGGUGAAGAAAUGAAGACACGCGUGGUGGAAUUGGAGACAAUCAAGAAUGCUUUUAUGAGUAAAGAGACUAAAAUUGAAAACAUGAAGAGACAACUCGAAUUCCUCCAGAUUUCAGUAGCUGAAGCGCACAAGAAGAAGAGCUUUUGGACUGUUUUUUCCUCGGUCACCACACUUUUGGCCGCUGUUUCUCUCGCAUUCGCUGCACACGGUCGCUGAAUACCUUUACAUAGGUUUUCCUAAUGAAAUCUUCAACACAUUUUGGUGUUAAAACUAAUGGCGUUAAGAUGCUAUUGAGGACUAUGACUAUCUAAUUCUCAAGUUUCUUUUUUGUAAUAAGUCUCUUGAAGUUGAUAUUA